CUCGCUACACUUGGAUUUACUUCCAGCGCCUCAAGUCUGAUCUUUUACCAAUAUCCAUUGAAUUUUUACAAAUGAUCAAGACUUAGUUUGAUAGAACUGUUCGUGUAGUCUGGUCAGAUCCUGGUGGUUGAGUUUAGUUCUUCCCCAUUGCUUAACUUGUAUUAAUCUCAUGGAAUUCUCACCCAUAAAUCGUGUCCAAGUGUCUAUCAGUAAAAUGGUUUAGUCGAGCGUAAAAACUGUAAUGUCGUAGAGAUUACUGGUGCUCUCCUUCUUUCUUCCCACAUCCCAUCCUUUUUUUGGCCCGAAACAGUUCACUAUUGUUCGAUUGAUUAAUUACCAGAUCACUCCCAUUCUCGGUCAGUCGAGUCCUCAUUUUAAACUGUUUGGCACACAUCCCCAUACUCUAGACUACGUGUUUUUGGCUUUCUUUGCUUUGUUUUGCUUCCCCGAUCCGAACGUACUAAAUUGUCUUCAAAAAUUACUCGUUGUGCCUUCCUUGGUUGUAGUGAUGUCUCUAAGGGUUAUCUUUGCUAUGAUCCUGAACUUCGGCGUAUUCGUACAGCCUGCAAUGUGGUUUUUAUGGAAAAUCUUAUGUUCUACUCUUCCUCAUCCACUACCAAUCCUUUGUUUAACACCUCCUUGGGUCUUCCGUCCUUCGACACUGACGAUGAUAUGGAUGAUGCUCUCCCUGGCUUCGACCACCCCCCUGAUGACACCCUGCCUCCCUCCACAUCGCCGCCACCGCCUCCUUCUCCACCGCUGGUUCGUUGUUCCAUGCGCUCUACUCAGGGCAUUCCUCCACCUCGCCACCGGGAUUAUGUUACUUAUGAAGUGGAUUCUUACUUUAUUCCCACUCGGUAUCCUCAGGCAAAGGAUGACCCGAAUUGGAAUCGUGCUAUGACGGAAGAGGUUACUACACUUCGUGCAAAUGAGACCUGGGUCGUGGUUCCUCGCCCCGUUGAUCGGCCAGUAGUGGGAUCCCGCUGGUUUACACGCUGAAGUUCCUCCUAGAUGGUACCUUGGAGCGUCAUAAAGCGCGGGUUGUCGCGUAGGGCUUCAUUCAGAAGUUUGGUGUGGAUUUCGAGACCUUUGCACCGAUCGCGAAGAUGGUGUCCGUUCGGACUCUUCUUGUUGUGGCCUCCUAUCGUGGUUGGCCUCUCUACCAGCUGGAUGUCAAGAAUGCCUUCCUCAUGGUUACAUUCUUGACACCGAUAUUCCCGAUACGAUAUGUCUCCUUCGGUGCUCUCUCUAUGGUCUCAAGCAGGCCCCGCGUGCAUGGUUUGAUAAGUUCCAGUUGACGGUUCUGGGUCUGGGUUUUUAACAGAGUCAGAAUGACCCCUCUCUCUUUACUCGCAAGUCUGCUCGUGGUAUUGCUAUUCUGAUAUUAUAUGUCGAUGACAUGAUUGUUAGUGGUGAUGAUGAAGCAAGCAUUGUGGCGCUUACUAAGGGGUUACAUGCUUCCUUCACCCUGAAGGAACUGGUUCUCUCUCCUAUUUCUUGUGCUUGGAAGUCACUCGUUCGCGGGAUGGUAUUCUUCUCAGUCAGAAGAAGUAUAUUGAUGAUCUUCUUGAGUCGACUCGUUUUGGUGAUUGCAUACCAGUCUCUACUUCGAUGGAGCUUAAUGUUAAGCUGGGAAGGAGACAGGUGACUUACUGCCGAAUGGUGGUAAGCAUAUCGUAGUAUUGUUGGCAGUCUUAUAUAUCUUACCUCGACUCGUCCUGAUAUUUCUUAUGCGGUCCAGAUAGUUAGUCAGUUCAUGUCGGCUCCUCGUACAUCUCAUUUAGCUGCAGUUCAUCGCCUACUUCGUUAUCUUAAGGGUACUAGAGGUGUUGGUUUAUUUCUCCCUGCUACUGGCUCCUGUGUUCUUCGAGCAUUCUCGAAUUCUGACUAUGUAGGUUGUAUUGACACUCGUCGUUCCACAACGGGUUGGUGUGUUCGUCUGGGUGGUUCGUGUAUUUCAUGAAGGUGCAAGAAGCAGGAUCAGGUUUCCAAGUCUUCCACCGAAGCUGAAUACCGUGCUAUAUCUGAUGUGGUUUCUGAGUUAGAAUGGCUUCGGAGAUUACUUGCUGAUUUUGGUGUUAUGUGUGAGAUUCCUAUGGAGCUAUAUGUUGAUAACACCAGUGCUAUUUGGAUUGCGACUAAUACGGUACUUCAUGAUCGUACGAAGCACAUUGAGGUUCAUCUUCACUAUAUUCGUGACUUGGUUCAAGAUGGGAUUAUGCGCCUCUUCUAUGUCAAGUCCGGAGAUCAGAUUGCAGACCUCUUGACUAAGGCCUUCACUGCUAGCCGCCAUUCCUAUAUAUCUGGCAAAUUGAUGAUGCGAGACCCUCAUCAAUUUGGGGGAGGCUGUUGAGUUAUGUAAAUGGGCUUUAUCCCAUAUGUUUAGCGUACAUAGCAUAGAAGGCUUUAGUCAAGCCCUAUGCCAACCUCUUCCCUCUCGACUAGGGUUAUAGUACUCUAUUUAUUGUAACCUGUAACCUGAUGUUGAAGUUAAGUUAAUAUGAGUUUAUAGCUUCGACCGUGGACUAGUCUUGAUCACACCGAUCAAGGAAACUACGUAAAUCUCUGUCUCCGUUUCGAUUAUGCUUCUAGCUAUUUUAGUUUCGGUUUCUAACACCAAGCACAACAAGAUCGCCAUCAGUCACAAAAACCAAAGAAACAAACACUACUAGUGUGCAAGGUUCGCGCUAUCGACUGUAGGAGACGUCGUAGAGGCGUGGUUUUUCAGGGUUCUGACUUUUUAUCACAUUUGAGAAUUUGGGUUGAGAGUUGUUUGCAAUAAGCGAGAAUUGGUAUGCUUGAAAUUGCUAGUUUGGUUGGCCUUGAAACUUGUGACUUAUUUCCUUACCCAAAACCCAAAACAAAGUGGGUAUAUUAGUAGGCGGUUAUCGACUUUCUUAUCAAUUAACCACUAAUCAAUUAGUUGGAUAGUGGUUAACCACUAAACCACAUCAAAUUAUUGAGUCCAAACCAUUAAAAUUUAUCAGUUAUU